AUGGCUUCCAACGAUAAGGGGCUUGAGGAGAUCCCAGAAACACAAAUCGAGUCCAACUACGAUGAGGUCACCGACUCCUUUGACUCCAUGAGCUUGAAGGCCGAGCUUCUUCGUGGUGUGUAUGCCUACGGUUUCGAGCGCCCAUCUGCUAUUCAGCAGCGUGCUAUCAUGCCAGUCAUCAAAGGAUCGGACGUCAUCGCACAGGCACAAUCUGGUACUGGGAAAACCGCCACAUUUUCCAUUUCCGUCCUGCAGAAGCUGGACCCCAAUGUCAAGGCCUGCCAGGCUCUGAUACUUGCUCCCACUCGUGAGCUGGCUCAGCAGAUCCAAAAAGUCGUUGUUGCAAUCGGCGACUUCAUGUCUAUCGACUGCCAUGCUUGCAUUGGAGGUACUAGCGUUAGGGAUGAUAUGCAAGCUCUCCAGGCAGGACCCCAGGUCGUUGUCGGAACUCCAGGCCGCGUGCAAGAUAUGAUUCAGCGUCGUGUCCUUAAGACCGACUCGAUGAAGAUGUUCGUCCUCGACGAGGCCGAUGAGAUGCUUUCUCGCGGUUUCACAGAGCAAAUCUAUGACAUCUUCCAACUUCUCCCACAGUCGACUCAGGUGGUCCUCUUAUCCGCCACUAUGCCUCAAGAUGUUCUCGAGGUCACCACAAAGUUCAUGCGUGACCCUGUCCGUAUCUUGGUCAAGAAAGCCGAGCUCACCCUCGAGGGUAUCAAGCAGUUUUACAUCGCUGUCGAAAAGGAGGACUGGAAGCUAGACACUCUCUCAGAUCUGUACGAGACGGUCACCAUCACACAAGCUGUGAUCUUCUGCAACACUCGGAGAAAGGUCGACUGGCUCACGGACAAGCUUACCGCUCGUGACUUCACCGUCUCUGCCAUGCACGGUGACAUGGACCAGGGCCAGCGUGAUUUGAUCAUGAAGGAAUUCCGAUCCGGAUCCUCCCGUGUCUUGAUUGCCACUGAUCUGUUGGCUCGCGGUAUCGAUGUCCAACAAGUCUCGCUGGUCAUCAAUUACGAUCUGCCUGCAAAUCGCGAGAACUACAUCCAUCGUAUUGGUCGCGGUGGACGAUUCGGGCGAAAAGGUGUUGCUAUUAACUUUGUUACGGCUGAUGAUGUACGAAUGAUGAGAGAGAUCGAACAAUUCUACAGCACUCAGAUUGAAGAGAUGCCGAUGAACGUGGCCGAUCUCAUCUAG